AUGGCGCCGGUAUUGAAUUCCCCUCCCUCCGGGCCUCCGGCGCCCCAAACAAGUCCAAAAGAAAAUGACCCCCCAGGCCCCAUGUUGAUCGAGCUGGACCCCUCUCUUGUGUUGGCUUCUGGCCUCAGUGGCGAGCCAGCUGGUGGUCCCUUGCCUACCGCAGCAUCACCGGAAGCAGCAGCAGCAGCAGCAGCAGGAGCAGCUGGUGCUGCUGCAGCAGUGACAGCAGCAACUGGAAAAACCAAUACACAGGUUUGCGUAGCUGAAGAUUCCUGGGGAGGUGCAGCAGCUCGCAUGCCGUACGAUAGGCCGCGCAGCCGCAAACUCAACAGAACCUCCAGCAACCAGUGCCACGUAGACAUGGGGGGCUGGCUGAAGGCUUUCCCGCAUAUGACGAUCGAGGACUUGGGCCCGGGCUUCAGUGCCGAUAGCUUUGAGAACAGCCAGGGCCUCAAGAUAGCAACUUAUACGUGGAGGCAGCAGCAGCAGCAGCCCCCAGUAGCAGCAGUGGUUCUCUUUCACUCAUACACCUCCUACGCACUCUUGGGUCCCUUGCCUACCGCAGCAUCACCGGAAGCAGCAGCAGCAGCAGCAGCAGGAGCAGCUGGUGCUGCCGCAGCAGUGACAGCAGCAACUGGAAAAACCAAUACACAGGUUUGCGUAGCUGAAGAUUCCUGGGGAGGUGCAGCAGCUCGCAUGCCGUACGAUAGGCCGCGCAGCCGCAAACUCAACAGAACCUCCAGCAACCAGUGCCACGUAGACAUGGGGGGCUGGCUGAAGGCUUUCCCGCAUAUGACGAUCGAGGACUUGGGCCCGGGCUUCAGCGCCGAUAGCUUUGAGAACAGCCAGGGCCUCAAGAUAGCAACUUAUACAUGGAGACAGCAGCAGCAGCAGCCCCCAGUAGCAGCAGUGGUUCUCUUUCACUCAUACACCUCCUACGCACUCUUCGAUUUCCUACGCCACCAACCCCCAGACAGCAACAGCAACAGCAACAGCAACAGCAACAACAGCAGCAGCCCGGCACCGCAGCAGCUGCAGGAGCAGCCGAACUGGGUACCCAAGUUCCCAGGGAGCUGGGUGGAGGGGUUUUACCGCCUGGGGAGCUGGGUGGAGGGGUUUUACCGCCUGGGUAUGAAUGUGUACGCAAUGGAUCAUCAGUCUCAUGGGCGGUCUGCUGGCUGGCGCGAGUGGCGUUGCAAUGUAUCGAAGUUUGAUUACUUUGUUGACGAUGCUUUGCAGACGAAAUCGAGAAUGGUUGCAGCUUUAUUCGAUGCAUCGCAGAAACUUCCUCGUAUUUUGAGCUGCUUUCCACCUGAACUGAAGCUGCUCUGCCUGCAGGGCACGCACGACCAGACCGUUGACUUUCACGCUCCUCUCAAGUUGUAUGAAACCCCAGUACGCUUGGAUCUUCUCUACCUCUGCGGCUGGAGCCACUACAUCCCCAAACACUCGGGCGCAGACCGCCUCAUUGGCUUGGUCACUGCCUGGCUCCUCAAAGCCCUUUCAGCUAAAAAUACACUCCAAAUUGCAUGUCAAUACGAACAAGAAAAAAAUUCUUCUUCUCGUUUGUCUCCGCCGAAAAAACCAAAACCUCUGCGUCCCCCCUGGCCUCCUGUUGCUGCUCCUGCUGCUUCUCCUGCUGCUGCUGCUGCUGCUGCUGCUGCUGCUGCUGGGUGUCCUAGUGCUGCUGCAGCAGGAGGAGGUACUGCAGCAGCAGGAGCAGCAGCAGCAACUGGAACAGCAACAGCAGCAGCAGCAGCAGCAGCAGCAGCACCGUAUGCUCUCACUGAGUUCCCCUCCUCUUUGUCUCCAGCUCGGCAUCGACCCCCAAAGAAGCGAAUCGCAUUAGCUGCUGCUGCUGCUGCUGCUGCUCCAACUGCAGCAGCAGCAGCAGCAGCACCAGAAGCAGCAACAACAACAGGUGCAGCAGCAACAGCAGCAGCAGCAGCAGCAGCAGAUUGUCAAAAGGAAGAAACUUUCUUUGGCUUCUCCUAUGCAGCUGAGGGAAACCUGAAGAGCAGUUGCUACGGGCUGCCAGCAGCAGCAGCAGCAGCAGAAGCAGCAGCAGCAGCAACAGCAACAGCAGCAACCGCAGCAGGAGCAGAACCAGCAGCAACAGCAACAGCAGAAGCAACAGACAGGCCUGAAUCUCCAUCAGCAGCAUCAACAGAACUACCUGCAGCACCACCAGCAGCAGCAGCAGCAGCAGAAGCAGUAGCAGCACUACCACCACCAUCAGCAACACCAGAAACAGCAGCAGCAGCAGCAGCAGCAACAGCAGCAGCAGCAGCAGCAGCAGCAGCAGAUACACCUGAAGAUUUAUCCUGGCUUGUCGCUGACCUGCGCUCCGCCUGGCGACACAAAAAUUUUGAUUUUAUUAAUUUUUUGUCUGCGGGGGGAAACCUGUGCCCCCUGCACGAGCAUGCAGCAGCAGCAGCAGCAGCAGCAGCAGCAGAAGGAGCAGCAGCAGCAGCAGCAGCAGCAGGAGAAGGAGGAGAAGCAGCAGCAAGUGAUUAUGGAGAGAAAGCAGAACAAGAGCUGAGCUCACGAACGUUUCCUCAGCAGCAGCAGCAGCAGCAACAACUGCAGCAGCAGCAGCAGCAUCUGCGCCAGCAGCAGCAGCAACAACAGCAGCAGCAGCAGCAGCAGCAGCAGUAA